AUGCAACCAUCUCAUUCAAAAUUGAAUGAGAAUAGCACUGGACACAAUACUGAUAUGGUGCGCACUAUGUUUACUGACAUAGAGGGUCGUGUUAUACUUAACGAGGGCACUUCUAAUGCGGAGUCUAAUGCGAACAGUCAUCGUAUUAGGCCAACUGCUUUUGCAAGGGCACAACGACGACGAGUACAGCGGCAACAGGAAGAAGCCCAACCUGAACCCCAAACAGCUGAUAUAGAUGAACCUCCACAGGAUGUUGGAUAUCCUGGUGGUCCGGUUGAUAGUUAUGUCCUUAGGACAUUUGGCGAUCAUGUUGCGACUCGACUCUGGGAUGGCGAGGAUCGGGGAGAAUUAAGGGUGUUCAGCAAUGGGAAAAAAUUAAAAGAAGCUGUUAUUGAAGACGAAGAGGUUGAGCAACUAGUUAAAAGCUCGGGAUUGUAUUCGUUACUAAAAUGCAGCUAUGAAAUGAUUGACAAAGGGAUCAUUUCUGCAUUCGUAGAGAGGUGGCAUCGUGACACCAGUAGCUUUCAUCUCCCUAUUGGUGAAAUGACGAUUACUUUGGACGACAUGUCAUCUCUGUUGCAUAUUCCCAUUACCGGUGCAUUCUUCAGUGUUAAUGUAUUUAACAAGGAUGAAGGUGCAAAUAUAUUGGCAGAGCUUCUUGGAGUUAGUCACGGUGUUGCUUAUGCAGAAUUUAAUGUGACGCGGACAGCCACGGUUAGGUAUAGUUGGUUACUUGACGUAUACCACCAGCGUUGUCGUGAGCAGCGUUGA